AUGUUUAAAACGCAGACGUACCACAUUUGCAGCAUUUCUGACGAUUAUUCGGAGAGUUACUUGCCAGCUCUUUCCGUGUUCGCGUCUCCUUGGCUCAAGCUGAAGCGAUUUUUGAAGAAAUUGAUUCUGGUGACUGAAGUGAACCCAGCUAGUGCUUCUUUUUACAGGAGGGCGGCGAGAAUCGUCGACGAGAGGAAAACCCAGAUCGAGUCAAAUUCUUGGAUCAUACAUCCUUUUAGCACCUUCAGACUCUACUAUGAGAUGUACAUGGCUGUAGUUUUUCUAUUUUGUUUGAUAUAUAUGCCUUUACACGCGUCUUACCAUUUUCUGCUAGGUGAAGUGUUUUCGGUUUUUUACAACAUAUUGACCGUACUUUGUAUAGUCGACAUAGUCAUGAACUUUGUAUCUGGACGAUGCGUUUCUCAAGAGGAGAUUCUGAUGGAGCCGAAAAAGAUAGCUAAAGCGUAUAUAUCUGGACCGUAUUUUAUCUGCGAUGUGCUUUCUUCGGUGCCAGACCAUCUCUUCGGGGACAGUGACGUGAACGAUGUCUUCACGUUUCUUUCAAUUUUAAAGCUUGCCCGAAUGGUGACGUUUUUUCAGUUUUUGGAGAGAACGUUUAAUUUCUUUCAAGUAAAAGGACUUACGUAUUAUAUUGUAAAACUUGCACUGUUGUUAUUCUUUAUUUGCCACUAUACCGCUUGUUGGAUUUACUAUUCGAUACUGGUAUAUGAUUUCCUCGGUGGUUAUAUCGCCGACAACGUUCAUGUUGAUUUAAGACAUAGGGACGAUUUAAAAGAAUUUUUCCAGUUGUAUUUAAAAAAUAUGAAUUACGGAGCUUCUUUUAUCCUAGGCAUAGACUUUAUAUUUCGCUAUACGUAUCCGGCAAUUUUUUAUGCGUCCGGAAUCUUCACUUAUAUUUUGGGCAGAAUUGUAGUUUCGUUUUUCAUAGUUGUGUUAAUGGAUAUGUUCAAAAUCACCAACUAUCUCGAAGUGAAGUACCAAGAGGUAAUCAGUCAAGUCAACAGUUACAUGUCAGCGAAGCACUUUCCAGUCAGUAUCCAAAGCAAAGUAAGACAUUUCUACGAUCAUAGGUACCAAGGCAAGUACUUGAACGAGCAACGAGUCGAGAAGUUCAUUUCCGAGAAACUAAAAAAAGAAAUCAAAUAUCACGAAUGUCGCAAACUGAUUCGCAGCGUUGCAAUCUUUCAAAAGCUCCCACAAGAAAUUAUGGAAAACAUACUGCCGUACUUAAAAAAGGAGCUUUACAUGCCGGGCGAUACGGUAAUCAGUGCCGGGACGAUAGGAGAGUGUAUGUAUUUUAUGUCAACUGGAACUGUAUCGGUGGUGUCUCCGUCCGGAAAAGAAAUUUGUCAUUUGGAAGAUGGUGACUUUUUUGGCGAAAUCUGUCUCUUGGUUUCUCAUGCCAAAAGAACAGCUAACGUUACUGCGGUGGAAAGUUGUGAACUUUAUAAGUUAGAGAAGAGAUAUUUUAAGAAGUGCUUCGAAGGCCAUGCGGAAAUAUUGCACGAGAUACAGAUAGAAGCGCAACGAAGAAAUGAACAAACACUCCAGGCGGAAAGACAAGUUAUUAAGUCUUUUGCCACACUGCCAGUGAAGACAGAUGUCAAAAUAAAAAUGCACACCAAGCUUUGUCCGGAUUCGUCACGACCGACUGAAUCCGGCAUUUUCAGCCGCCAAUUAAAUCUAGAGCCGAGGGAAACUGGGCCGCCGACGUUCGACAAUUCCAUUAAUUGA